UGAAGCCGUAAUCCACGGCCAGCUCGCGGAAGGAGUGCUCGUUGAUGUGUAGAUCCCGCCGCGGCACAUAGAAGUUCUUGGCAGCCGCUGGAAUUCCCACCGUCUCCCUGGCGAGCGGCGACACUGGAGCAAUGCCGUGGAGAUUCCUUGGAGCUGAAGUGGAUCGGCGCAGCAGACUCGUCACGAGCGUGGAUCGGGAGAGCAACCUCGACGCCAUUGCCGCGAAGAACCCUAAAUGCGACAGCCCUAAAAUUAAAACCGGGGCUUCCUUGUUUGACUCUGACGACGCGUUUUCUCGAUCGAUCUCCCACAUUUUGCGAUCGAUCUUGCUGUCGUCCCGUCCCACAGGAGCUCGAUCCAUGGCGCGCAAAUUGCUCCUCGGCAGCUAUGUCUUGCAAGAUCCCUUCGCUGGGCUCGAGUACGAGGAUCCAGCGACGGAGAAGCAGGCGCACGAGAUAUCGCAGAAAAUCUUGGUAAGGUACUCCCACGAUCUUAGCUUCUCGUCCCUGAUUCCAGCGCUGGCGACGUCCUAUUCCAUGACAUUCGAGUCUCUCGACGUCAAGACUACGACCACGGCAUACCUUGGCCCUCUCAAGCUCGUCUACAAGCCUUUCAAGAUCAACCGGUGGCUUCACAUGUUCUUUCCGAAGAUGAGCAACAGGGUCGAGCUCGGAAAUCUGUGGCUCCAGAUGGAAAAUGUGAGAUUUCCUCCGCGAAUCGGUGGUACAGUGGAGGAUAUCUUGGGUGCUCUUCCCAGGGCCGCGAGCUUCCAGAUAGUAAGCUUUCUAGACCAAGGAGCUUACGGUGCCAUCUACAAGGUGACUUGGUCGAAACAGGAAUUUGCGAUCAAGCUGUUUAGCAAGGAAAAACACCUCCAGGACGAAGCAGUGAUCCAUUUCACGCUGGACCAUCCUCACGUUGUCAAGCCUCAUGGCUACUACCUCAGCGGGAGUGGCAGUAGCAGUGGCAAUUGCUCUGACGCCGGGUUGAUCAUGGAGCUGAUGGAUGGCGAUCUCCAGACCUGGAUCAAGAACAAGGUUGAAAAAGACCCCCAUCAUCCACCGCUGGAAGAGAAAGCUGCGAUCGACGUGAUGCUCCAGCUCGCCACCGCUCUCAUGUACAUGCACGCGUUUGGAUUGAUCCACCGGGACGUGAAGCCGGGAAACUUGCUCGUUCGAUUCAACCAGACUUUUCCCAGCGGUCUAGAGGUGAAGUUAGGAGAUUUCGGCACUGCCAGAUCCGUGGAGGACGGGCAGCUCACGGCUCGAAGAGGGACGCAGUGUUACUGGGCUCCAGAAGUUCUCCAGGGUGACGAAGGAUCAAAGUGUUCUUACACGGACAAGGCCGAUGUUUACAGCUUUGGAAUGACCUUCUACGCGGUCCUCACGGGAGAGACUCCGCUGGACAAGUACAAGGAGUUGUCGCCCGAGGAGUUCUUGGAGAAGAUCCGGGGUGGGAACUGGAUCAUCCCUGGGUUGAAACGAGCCGGGAAGAGGCCUCGGCUGCCGAGUUCCGUCGACCCGAGCUUGGCGAAGCUGAUCCAGCAGUGCUGGCAUGAAGAUCCGGAAGAAAGGCCUCCGUUUGACGUGAUCUGCUGGGCUUUGGAGAUCAUCCAGUGCAAACUCCUUGGAACCGAGAUCUGUUCCGCUUUGGACAGGAACCCGGAAGUUUAUCCGAUGAAGCUCGAUGAUCCUGGCUCUGGCCCCCAUGACAAAGUUAUACCAUUCUCUUUCACGAACCAGCAAAACCAGAGGCUACUUAGCUUCUAAGCUGACAGCGGCUGCCACGUAUUUCCAAGUCAGCUCUAAUUGCCAGCUUGGCAGACAAGUGGCGUCCAAGCUAGCACUCGACGAGGAGAAUCGAACUCGUGUGUCAUUACUUUAUUCUUUGGUUUUGUGGAGAGGUUUUAGAGCGA